AUGGAAAACUAUCGUAAAUUGAAAACCUUAGGCAGAGGAAGAUAUGGGGAAGUCUGGCUAGUGGAAAGAGAAGACAGCGGAUUAGCUGCCAUUAAAAGAAUCCCUUGUGAUGAGGACCAGCCUAACUGAGAGGAAGUUCGGGUUUUAGAGAAAUUGCACCAUCAGCAUAUUAUCCAGUAUCAUGAGAGCUUUGUUGAAAACAAUUAUUUAUAUAUUGUUAUGGAUUAUGCAGAAGGAGGUGAUUUAUCUGCGAGAAUUCGAAUUGCUAGAGAAAAUAAAUUCUAUUUCACAGAGGCCCAAAUUUGAAAAUGGUUUUACCAGCUUUCUAUGGCACUUAGUUAUAUCCACUCUCUGAAGAUCAUCCACAGAGAUUUAAAGACCAAAAAUAUUUUUUUAACAAAAGAUGGUGGUCUUCAGCUUGGCGAUUUUGGAUUUUCAAAAGUUCUGCAGUUUAGUGAUGAAAUGGCUUACUCAGGCGUAGGCACAGCCUAUUAUUUAGCGCCUGAAAUUUGCAAAGGAGAGGGAUAUGAUGCCAAGGCUGAUGUGUGAAGCUUAGGGUGCGUUCUUUAUGAGCUAUGCACUCUAAAUCACCCUUUUGAAGCAGAAAAUAUUGCUGUGCUAGCCAAUUCAAUAAUAAAAAAUGACCCUGAGCAAAUACCUGACAGUUUUUCAGAAAAUUUAAGAAACUUAAUAUUUCAGCUGCUAAGAAAGGAUAAAAAUGAGAGACCUUCUAUAAAUCAAAUUUUGGAAGAAGUUGAGCUCAAAGUGAGAGAAGACAGAGCUCAGACUUUUAGCAAAAAAGGGAGGAAAUCAUAUCAAAAAGAAAUGUCAAUUAAUAUUCCAACUGAGCAAAGGAAUGUAAAUAUAGAGCCUAGUUCUGCCAAACAAAUAGAACUAAGCACAGCAACUCAUAUGGCAGCCCGAAAAUCGAGCCUUGACCAUCCAGCAUCUUGCUCUACUUCUCAUGCAUCGCAAAGAACUUUUAGUUUUUCUCAAAGUUUACUUAAACAAAGCCCAGGUUCUCCAGUUAGAACUACCCUUAUGAGCGAUUUCCUAACUCCCCUUUGCAAGCAAUUAAGCCAUUGGAAUAAAUCCUAUUUUUUGUAGAAUAAGCCCCCUUAGAAAAAAGGCAACAAAAUAUUUUGAAAUGUAAUAAAUUCUUAUUCUAUGAAAUCUCCAGCUAAUAAUAGUUAAAUUUACAACAGUUUGAACUCUCUAAAACAUGAAUUUAUAAAUUAAAUUUUAUUUUUCUUUCAGAACUAUAUUAAAAAAAAUUAACUCCAUCUAUUACGAGAAUAUAUUUUUGACUUGCAAAGGAGAAGAAUAAGGAGGAGGCUUGGAGAUCAAAACUUUGAAAGAAUAUGUCAGAUACUUAUUCUCCCCGCUUCAUCUGUGAGCGAACAAAAACCAUAGGAAAAAUCCCUAAUUUAUGGAUAAAAAAACCCACAGUCUGCUAGAGAACAAAAAAUAUAAAAUCUUUUUAUGAAUUGAUAUUCGAUAUAUAAGUAAUAAUUAUUAUAAUGAAAUCUCUGCUAAUUCUAUUUAAUUUUAGACAGCUUGCAUUUUAAAACAUAAAUUUUCCAAAUUAAUUAAUUUUUACUUUUCAAUUUUUGCGGAUUGUGUAUUUUCUAAAAAAAUUAUUAAAAAUUAAUUUAUAAAUUUUUUAAAAAAAAAAUUAGCCCUCUCAAAAUUUUUUUUGUUCGCUCAAGGAGGGAGGAGGGAGUUAGCAAUACCAAGGACCCUGCCAAAUUAUUGCAAGAACAACCUUGGAUUGUAUCUGAUAUCUGCGGAGAGGAAAACUUGAGCAUUGUUGAUGUGGGGAUCACUUUUAAUGCAUUUAAUACUCAAAAUCCUACAUCUGUCAAGCAUCAGCCAGGAAGAACAAGAGUGUUUCCUCUUUUAUUGAAAAAGAUUGAUGAAAAAUCAUAA